UUACUUGGAGCAGUAUUUCCACUAGUUGUGUUUACAUGUGCUUAGUAUGUACGUAGAAGUUUUCUCUACUUCUGUGGUAUGUACAAUGAAGAGAAGAGCACCAAUAAAAUAGAAAAUAAAGAAAAUUUUCAACAAAAUGAAUACUUGUGUUUUUGUAUGUAUUUAACCAUCAUAAUCGCCGUUAAGUGCAUGAGUGAGAGAAAUCAAACUGUCAUGCACCGAUUGCUAUAGGUGAGAUUUCUAAGCUCACUCUAUAGAGGGCACAACGAAUCCGGACGCGUUAUCGGAAAAUUCCCAUAAACAAGCAGAGAUGUCGGCGGGUGGCGGAGACAGUACUUGCGACGUGCAAUUGCACUACGAUUUUAAGCAUGGCAAAAGAGGGAAAGCAAUAAUAUUUAACCACAUGGAAUAUGAUCCAAAAGCUAAAACUAAAGAAAGACUUGCUUCUAUUUGUGAUGCCAACAUGUUGGUGGAAACCUUCAAGAAGUUAGGUUUUGCUGAAGAUGAAAUUCACAUCUAUCAUGGAAUACAUGUGCAGCCAGGGUCAGAAUCACUCAUAGCUAAGGCAAAUGGGUCUGAGAAAGAUACCUCUGUUGCUUAUGAAGAACGUCAGAAGGCCUUCCAGGCAGUACUAAAACAGAAAAAAAUUCUUCCAGAAAACAUCAAGUUUUACAAAGGUUCAAAAUUAACUCAGUUAACUUCAUCAGAAACACUGAAGAUUAUUGAAGAAGCUGCAAAAGAUGAAAAAUACAAUGAAGAUGCUGACUGCAUUGUGUUUGCUGUACUUUCUCAUGGAAAGGAGGGCCCAGAUAUGUCAGAUGAUUCAGUUCUCCAGGAUCUCAUUCGUUGCUACGAUGAUCGUCUUCAUAUUGAAAAGUUUAUGCAACCACUGCGAGACGACACAUGCUUAUCACUAAAAGGAAAACCAAAGUUGUUUUUCAUACAGGCAUGUCGAGGGACUGGACGUGAUGAUGGUGUUCUGGUCAAAGAAGAUGCCCAUUCAGGCAAAGUUUCAGCAGGCCCACCACGGACAAUAACUUCUACCCCAGUAGAAAUGAGAAACAUCCCUGCAUAUAAUAACUUCCUGACAGCUUACAGCACUCCUCCAGGGUUUUCAUCAUCCAAAGGAUCACGUGGAUCUUAUUUCAUAAGAAGCCUCUGUUCAAAGUUAAAUGAGCAUUAUAAUAGUGGAAUGGACCUCAUAAGAAUAUUGACAAGAGCAAGUAGUCACAUGGCUAAGGAGUACAGUCCUACAAGAGGCGAGGGUUACCCAGCACUCCUUAAGAAGAAACAGGUGCCUGUCAUCGUCUCAAAAUUGACUAAACUGGUCGUCUUCACUGCCAAUUGAUUGGCUUAAUGAAUAUAAACAAUGUCUCAAAUUUGACAAAAUUGAGCGUCUUCACUACCAAUUGAUUGGCUUAUGAAUAAGUGGACUAUUAAUAUAUUGUCUCAAAACUGACUAAACCUGUCGUCUUCACUGUCAAUUGAUUGGCUUAAUGUUUUAGUGGACUAUUCAUACAUUGUCUCAAAAAUUGACAGAGUGAUCUCUUCACUGCCAAUCAAGGAACAUUGUACUGAUUGCGUUUAUGCUUUUAAGUUAUAAUGACCAGUAUUGUUAAAAAUUAAAAACUAGAAAAUUUAGUCGGUCUUGAAAUUUUUGUUCGAAGAUGACUCUCUGUCGUCUCGAUAAUUUUGAAAAGUUUUGUCACCUUAUGUGGUCAUGUCGGAUACAUGCAUUUGAAAAUAUUAAUUAAUUUUUAAGUGACGAAAUUUUCAAGUUUUUUCCGUAAUGACUGUGCCUUAUUUGUUCAAUGUAAACUCUGUAUUCUAGAAUGAUUUUCAUUAGUUAUUCAAAUUCGCCGGGGAGGAUUGAAAUCCAUCUCCAUUUCUCACCAUUAUGAAUUGUAUGUGCUUCUUUUCAAAUCGCAUCGUUUUAUGUACAACCAAUACAGGUGAAAUGUUUUUUAACCAUAUAAAGACAUUCUGAGGUCGUAUUAUGGCAAUAAUUCACAGGUAUCUCGCCAACGAAGUUUUUUCACAAACGAAGAUUGUCUGUAUACAUACAUUUAAUAUGUAAAUGGCAUUAAGAUAAUGGAAUUGUACCAAUGGUUUCACAAGACGUUGUAAAUUACUGAAGAAAGAGCAAACAAUUAUUCGUCAAAGUGUCAUUUAA